CAUUCCAGUAUCUUGUUCAGAGAGUUGUGGACAGUCUCAGAGUUGAGCUUCAUCAUGGCGGGACUCCUGCUGUCUGUCAUUCUCAUGUGUUUCUUUCAUGAAAUUCAAGCACAAGCUGUUCCUCCACCUAAACUGAUAGUGAAUCCACCAGUGAUCACAGAGACAGAUUCAGUCACAUUAGACUGUCAGACUCCAUCAUCUCUUUCUGUGUCUCAGUGUCAUUUCUACACUGGGAACAGAGAAACCCUUGAAACCUCCCCAUGUUUUUGGACACUGACAGGAACUGAACUGCUGAAGAUUUCACAUCAGAGUUCACCUUCUGAGGUUGAGGUAGCAUGUUAUUACACUGAACAUCGUGAACAUGGGAACUUUCCAUCUCCAUUCAGUGACACAUCCUACAUCACCAUACAGAGUUCCUUUCAUGAGAUUCAAGGACAAGCUCUUCCUCCACCUAAACUGACAGUGAAUCCACCAGUGAUCACAGAGACAGAUUCAGUCACAUUAAACUGUCAGACUCCAUCAUUUAUUCCUGUGACCAGAUGUUAUUUCUUCACUGCAACUCAACGCAUAUCUGAAGACGUCUGUGUACAAACACUGAUGUUAAGUGAGCUGCUGAAGAUGGUACAAAGGCUACCUGCUGAGGUGGAAGUGAGAUGUUUUUAUGAUGCAAAGUCUGGUGCUUCAUCUCCUCACAGUGAUCCAUCCACCAUCACCAUAAAUACUCUUCCUCCACCUAAAGUGACAGUGAAUCCACUGAUGAUCACAGAGACAGACUCAGUCACAUUCAACUGUGUGACUCCAUCGUCUCUUUCUGUGUCUCACUGUUAUUUCUACACUGUGAACACAGUAGCUUUUGAAACCUUCUCAUGUCGUCGGACACUGAGAGGAACUGAGCUGCUGAAGAUUUCAAAUCAGAGUUCACCUUCUGUUGUUCAAGUUAAAUGUUUUUACAGUGUACAGCUUAAAUAUGUGAAUUUUCAGUCUCCAUUCAGUGACAUAUCCUCCGUCACCAUACAGAGUCAAAAACCAGAGAUGAGUCUUCAAUCAUUUGAGGGGGAUGACAUUGUCUUUACUUGCUCUCUUCCUGGAUCUGUGAAACGUGGUACAAGAUGUAACCUUUACUUUGGAGAAGUGAACCAUCCGAUUCUAACAACUGCCAAGCAGAAAAGCUCAAAAACCAAACAGUGGUUUUGCCACUUUACUGUCCCAGUUGAUGAUUUGUUGAGACAUUUAGAUUCUGUUCAACAGAAGGAUGCCAGCUGUGAUUACAAACUGGAACGUGAACAGAACUCUUUGUCUCCUCGUAGUGAUAGAAGGAGCUUGACUGAUAUUGUGGGAAGAAAAUCAAGCAUGAUGAGCAAAAACUCAACAUUUACUAUGACAGCAGCAGGUUCAAAUGUUACCAUGUCCAGUGUUUCCACUCCUACCACCUAUGUGAACCCAACAUCAGGAUCACUUCCAGCUAAUCUGAGUCCUACAAAUACUGUGACCUCUGCUGUCAAAACGACGACUAAUCUGACACCAGGAAGCAGUGAUGCAGCUGCAGGUUGGACUGUCAUAAUGUUCCAAUGUUUCCACUCCUGUCACCUCUAUGAACCUGACACCAGCAGCAACUGUAAUAAAGUUGUUCAUAUCUGUGGCGGGUUUUGGAGCAAGCGUGGCUGUCGUCUUUCUGGUGCUGGUGCUUCACAGACGUCUCGAAAGAAGAACAGGCAGAUCAUCUUCCAAAACAAAAGCCAACAUCACAGAUGACUCUGUGUGCCUGAGAAAUAUCAGCCAUGGAGGAGUGGAGUUACCUGAUAAUGAUACCUACAGUUUGAUCACUUCAGUACCUGGUGCUGACUGUUCUACAGGUUUUGAGAAACUCAACAGAGAAGAGCCUCAA